AUGUUCUGGCUGUAUACCAGAAAAGUCGUGCCGAUAAGUUCUACAUGUGGCGCCUGAUUCACGACUAGAAUCAUUCUAGAAGGAAGCGCCCUCCUGUAGGGCUGCCCAAGCCCUUCACAACGUCGAGGAUCGUCGGCACCUACCCCGCAUCGGUGAAAGAUAUCUAUCUGCAACCGAAUUAUCCUCUCAGGUGCCAUGCUUUCUUCGUCGGCAACUCCGUUGGUACGUCAAAUCGAACUUUAACGAUCUGUACUGCAUUGCUCCACUCGAUCGGAAUCAUGGGCCCUGCUAUCCCUGUUAUUGAUUUCGCUCCCUUUCAUGGGGGCAGCAAUGAAGACCGACAACGCUUGAAGAAUGAAAUACAUCACGCCUGCAAAGACCUUGGAUUCUUCCAACUAUGCAACCACACCAUUCCACCCGAACUACAAACAGCUAUUCUAGAGCAGUCCAGGGAUUUCUUCCGUCUACCGGUGGAGACCAAGGUGAAAUACGAUAGGGAUAAUGACAGCUUCAACCGUGGAUAUGAACGCUUUCGCGCCCAGAACUUCGAGAAACGAACCGCAGGUGACCUAAAGGAGAGCUUCUUUCUUGCCGGCAAAUUCGGCCUGGGACCCAACAAGUAUCCUGUUGAAGUGACAGACCCGCAGCUCUUCCGAGACACGGUGGAUCGGUACUAUGGAGCCGUUCCCAGUCUCACAAUCGACCUGAUGACUGUCAUUGCAGAAAUGGUGGGCCUUGGUUCAGAUGCUCUACGCAGGUUCUGUGCCAAGCCCAUUGCUACACUUCGCUUGCUUCACUACCCCCCUCAAGCUCCUGAUGCGUCCGAGCUGGAAAGAGGCAUCGGGGCUCACAGCGACUUUGGUGCUAUUACCAUCCUCCUGCAGGACUAUGUCGGGGGUCUACAGGUUUGGAGCCGGACAUCGAACGAGUGGGUGGAUGUGGUGCCUGUGCCCGGCGCAGUGGUAGUCAAUACGGGCAAUAUGAUGAUGCGCUGGACAAAUGAUCGGUAUAUGUCCAACCUACACCGAGUUAUCAAUACAUCGGGAACUGCGCGCUACAGCGUUCCGUUUUUCUUCGAUGGCAACGCAGAUUUUCUGGUCGAGUGCCUGGAAAGCUGCCUCGAGCCAAGCGAACAACCCAAAUACGGCCCGAUUACUGUGAACGACUGGAUGGUUGGCCGCUAUGCGGAUACCUUUGGGGGUGGCGAGGUCAAGAGCGAAAAGGACCUUGUGAGCUUGGAGUAAUAACACCAGGACACAUGUGGUCGAGGCGAAAUAAUCAUGGGCAAAGCGCACGGUUCUUUCUAUCAACCGCGGAGAAGCAUGAGGAUCCUGGGCAUAAUUCUACCUCAAGGAUGGUUAGUCACAUACCCAAACCACUGGGUACCAGGGAAGCAAGGCGCGGCCCGAGCGAAGCACAUCUGACUAUCGAGUUUUGAG